GAGGAGCCUCCCCGGCGGGGGGGCUGGGCCGGGCUCGGGCCCUGCGCGGCUGCGGACCGGCCGCCCCAUGCGGGCUCCGUCCUCCGCGGCCCCUCGCCGCCCCAGCCGGGAUGGACGCGCCGGGCCGCCGCCGGCAGCUCCCCGUGCUGCUGCUCUGGGUUAAUGGUCUGGUGACACUUGGAUUUGCAGGUGCACGUCAACAGACUCAUCUCUGCAACGAAUCCCUCAUGUUACAAAAGUUGCCUGCCUGUGGAAAGUCCUUUGAAGAGAUGAUGAAGAAAGUGGACUCUAAAAAAUGGUGCAACCUGACAGAAUUUAUCAUGUAUUACGACAACUUCACCCAGUGCACGGAACGCGAGGCCAACAACGCCAGUUGCUUCUGGCCAAACCCCCUCGCAGAGGGCUUCAUCACUGGGAUCCACAAACAGUUCUUUUCAAACUGUACUUCGGAAAAGGUUCACUGGGAAGACCCACCGGAUGAAAUUCUCAUCACUCUGAUCUUGAUCCCGGUCAUGCUGACGUGUGCCAUGAUAACACUGGUAGUGUGGUGCAGCAAGAGGAGCGAUAUCCUGGUGUAGGCUCUUCCUCUGGGCUUCCUUUCUCCAUCUCCUUCUUCCAGAAACACUAAGAGAGGAGGACGAAGAGAGAAACACGGUGUAGAGAUUUCAGAUCUGCUUGAAACUGAACCUGUGAGACACUGAGGCAGAGAUGAUGCUCCAGGGAACACAGAGCUGCAGAAAGUCACUGCUGCUGGUGCAAAGCUCUCUGCUUCCAUCGGGCCUCACCGCCACGGAAUUCACAGGCAGGGCCCAGCAACGGACCCCUUAGCUGCAAAAGGGGUUACUGAAGUUACUGCCCCAUGAGAAACCUGGCUGGAGGAGUACAUUUUGCAAAGCUGUCUGUAAGUGUGUGUGCACGCGGUGUGGCGCUGGCUGCGGGGGAGAUGACGGCGCUCGAGUUUCUCUGCAGGACGCUUGAGGUUUUCAUCUGUGAACCCUGUGACUGGGAGAGAAGAUCCCUGGCAAAGGAACUGACCGUGGAUGUAACCAAGUGGCAGCUUUUCCCAGCAGCCAGUUGAAAAACAUCGUUGUAAAAGAGCUGGAAAUACUGUCCUGGUAAAGGAACAAUUUCUGUGUCCGGUGACUAUCCCCACGGGGAAAUUGUCGUGCCACGUUAUAAACUGGUUUAUAAAAUGCCUUUAAGCAUGGCUACUUGGGAUUGUGUGGCUUACAAACAAGCUCUGGGAAAGACAUACAGGUCUUAUUUUACAGACCUGGAAAAUGUGAGAGGAAAUUGGUUAUAAAUAUACUAUAAUCCAAUAUACUAGAUAUUGGAUUAUAAAUAUACUGAGGAGUAAUGAAGAAACUUUCUUACUCCUGACCCUUCAUUUUUCCUCUUUUAUAAUUACCAUUCUCCAUGACUUGUGCUCCCUGUAUACUCCCCACUCACUGCAGUUUGUGCAAGUGGUAUCCUACAAAUAAAUAUGAAGGUGUCAUGUUGAUGGAAGUGCCUUUCAGAGUGUAAUUUUGUACACAGGUAAUCCUUCAUCCCGUGCAGAGGGUGGGAACUAAAGAGUGAGCAUCAAAGCUGGGGACAGACGUAGCAGGAGAGAGGCAGUUCUACGCAGAAAGCUUAUUCUAUAAAGCUAUUCCUAUGUAAGAGUCUAAAUAAAGAAAAUAUGCCCCAAAUCAAACAA